AUGAAAGACAUUAUGGUUAAGUUGACAGUAAAACCAGACUGCACACCCAAGAGCCUUAAAGCUAGAUCUGUCCCCUACGCUAUCAAACCAAAAGUAGAGGCUGAGUUAGACAGGCUAGUGAAAAGUGGAGUGCUGGAACCUGUAAGCACUCGUGAGUGGGCUACACCAAUCGUUCCAGUCAUGAAGAAGGAUGGCAGUCCAAGGAUCUGUGGUGAUUUUAAAGUCACAGUAAACCCAGUCUUAACUGCAGAGCAAUAUCCUUUACUGCUCAUCGAUGACCUUUUCUCAGGCUUGGCUGGAGGUCAAAAGUUCAGUAAGAUUGAUCUGUCCCAAGCGUACCUCCAAAUGCGUGUCGAACCGCAGUCACAAGAGCUCUUAACCAUUGUGACACACAAAGGACUGUACAGGUACAAGAGACUUCCUUUUGGGAUCACCUCAGCUCCUGCGCUGUUCCAGAGAGCUAUGGAUCAGAUACUGAGUGGUCUUUCGGGAGUCCAGUGCUACCUUGACGAUCUGCUCAUCACAGGACCAGAUGAACAGACUCACCUGAAGAACCUGGAUGCAACACUGAAACGUCUGCAGGACUACGGUUUGAAAGUUCGAAAAGACAAGUGUGAGUUUUUCCGCCCAUCUGUUGAAUAUUUGGGGCAUGUGAUCGACAGCGAGGGGCUCCAGACGGCGCCAUCAAAAGUCAAAGCUAUUGUGGAGGCUCCAUCACCAACAAACGUGAGUCAAUUAAGAUCGUUUCUUGGAUUACUGACUAUCUAUGCAAGAUUUGUCCCUAACCUUGCAAACAGACUGAAGCCGCUGCAUGAACUGUUGAACAAAUCGACAAAAUGGAAAUGGACUGAAAAGUGUGAGAACGCAUUCAAAGAUGUGAAGCUGGCACUCACCAAGUCAGAGGUGCUUGCUCACUUUGAUCCAAAAUUGCCAAUCCAGCUAGCGUGCGAUGCCUUGCCCUAUGGUGUCGGUGCUGUUGUUUCUCAGAUAAUGCUGUCUGGUGAAGAGAGACCCAUCGCUUUUGGAUUGAGAACGUUGAGUAAGGCAGAAAGUAACUAUGCCCAGAUUGAACGUGAAGCACUUUCUAUUGUGUUUGGAGUAAAGAAAUUCCACCAAUACCUUUUUGGCAGAAGGUUCACGUUACUAACGAACCACAGACCCCUGACCUCCAUAUUUGGUCUGCACACUGGCAUCCCUUCAAUGGCGGCCAGCCGCAUGCAACGUUGGGCUCUUCUUUUGUCAGCUCAUCAGUACGAGAUCAAGUACAGAAAGUCUGAUCAACAUCAAAACGCUGACGGACUCUCGAGGCUUCCGUUACCUGUCAAGCACAGUGAACACGUGAAAUCUAAAAUUUUCUACUUCAAAGAAGUGACUGCUGCUCCUGUAACUUCUACUCACGUGAAGAAGCACACACACACUGACCCUGAGCUAUCUGAAGUUGUGGACAUUGUCACUCGUGGAAGGGGAGGAGAGAUGACGCCAAAGUUACAGCCUUACAUGUCAAGACGUAAUGAGCUGUCAGUGCAAGCUGGAUGCUUAUUGUGGGGCUAUCGUGUCAUCAUUCCACCGCCCUUGAGAGAGAGAGUGCUGAGCAAACUCCAUACUGGACAUUGUGGAGUGGUGCGAAUGAAAGAAAUUGCGCGCAGUUAUUUCUGGUGGCCGGGUUUGGAUGCGGCUAUUGAAGAAAAAGCUAAAUCCUCCUCUGAUUGCGAGAAACUGAGAAACCAACCGCAACUCGCUCCCUUACAUCCAUGGGAGUGGCCAGAAGAGCCUUGGCAAAGAAUCCACAUAGACUUUGCUGGGCCACUGGAGAACCACAUGUUCUUGGCUGCAGUGGAUGCUCAUAGCAAGUGGCCAGAAGUUGCAGUGAUGAAAAAUACAUCUUCCUACAGAACCAUUGAGGAACUCAGAUCAAUGUUCAGCCGUUAUGGCCUGCCCAAACAACUUGUCAGUGAUAACGGCCUGCAACCGGUAUCUGAAGAGUUUGAGACUUUCAUGGAAAAGAAUGGCAUUCAACACAUAAAGUCUGCACCGUUCCAUCCAGCUACAAACGGGCUUGCAGAAAGAUUUGUACAAACCAUGAAACAUGCUCUCAAAUCAUCUCCAAGUUCCCAGUCUCUAAACCGCCGACUCAAUGCGUUCCUGUUGUCCUAUUGA